CCGCCAGCCAGCCAGUCAGUGCGCUAGCCAGCCAGUCAGCGCGCCAGCCAGUCAGUCAGUGCGCCAGCCAGCCAGUCAGUGCGCCAGCCAGUCAGUCAGUGCGCCAGCCAGCCAGUCAGUGCGCCAGCCAGCCAGUCAGUGCGCCAGCCAGUCAGUCAGUGCGCCAGCCAGUCAGUCAGUGCGCCAGCCAGUCAGUGUAUGAGCAGCAGUAGAGAAGCAGAAGUGACAGAGCAGGGUUAGAUGUUGCCUCCCAUGAAGUGGUUAGGGCUGACAGACAGGCCAAGAGAGAGGUUAGGGCUGACAGACAGGCCAAGAGAGAGGUUAGGGCUGACAGACAGGCCAAGCGAGAGGUUAGGGCUGACAGACAGGCCAAGCGAGAGGUUAGGGCUGACAGACAGGCCAAGCGAGAGGUUAGGGCUGACAGACAGGCCAAGCGAGAGGUUAGGGCUGACAGACAGGCCAAGCGAGAGGUUAGGGCUGACAGACAGGCCAAGCGAGAGGUUAGGGCUGACAGACAGGCCAAGCGAGAGGUUAGGGCUGACAGACAGGCCAAGCGAGAGGUUAGGGCUGACAGACAGGCCAAGCGAGAGGUUAGGGCUGACAGACAGGCCAAGCGAGAGGUUAGGGCUGACAGACAGGCCAAGCGAGAGGUUAGGGCUGACAGACAGGCCAAGCGAGAGGUUAGGGCUGACAGACAGGCCAAGCGAGAGGUUAGGGCUGACAGACAGGCCAAGCGAGAGGUUAGGGCUGACAGACAGGCCAAGCGAGAGGUUAGGGCUGACAGACAGGCCAAGCGAGAGGUUAGGGCUGACAGACAGGCCAAGCGAGAGGUUAGGGCUGACAGACAGGCCAAGCGAGAGGUUAGGGCUGACAGACAGGCCAAGCGAGAGGUUAGGGCUGACAGACAGGCCAAGCGAGAGGUUAGGGCUGACAGACAGGCCAAGCGAGAGGUUAGGGCUGACAGACAGGCCAAGCGAGAGGUUAGGGCUGACAGACAGGCCAAGCGAGAGGUUAGGGCUGACAGACAGGCCAAGCGAGAGGUUAGGGCUGACAGACAGGCCAAGCGAGAGGUUAGGGCUGACAGACAGGCCAAGCGAGAGGUUAGGGCUGACAGACAGGCCAAGCGAGAGGUUAGGGCUGACAGACAGGCCAAGCGAGAGGCUAGGGCUGACAGAUAGGCCAAGAGAGAAAAGUUAAGGCUGACUGACAGAAAGAGAGAGGUUAGGGUUGACUGACACAGUGAUGGAGCCUCAGCCAAGACCAGGUGGUUGAGAGGAGACAGUAAGCACGAGACAUGAUGACACCAGCCAGUAGGCAGACAGUCAUCCUGAACUGACGGGGGGAUGGGUGGAGGUAGGGACACAAGAGAUUGGGAGUGGAUGAGGGUAGUAGUGGGACGAGGUCAGUAAAACAGAACGAAUUGUGUUAUCAGUGAAGGUUAUGCACACAUUUCAGCCCAGGUAGCAGUCACACACUCAUCCUACAUGGCAACAUCAGCAUGUGUACCUACAGUAUCUGUGGUGUCAUGUAGCCGUAGCAUGAAAAGUCAUCAAACUACAUUCAGCCACGGGACAAUGUCUUCUUGAGUGGACGGUCAGGGGGCCAGAUCAUAACGGCUAGCGUAGCCUAGUGGUUAGAGUGGAGGGGCGGCAGCGUAGCCUAGUGGUUAGAGUGGAGGGGCGGCAGCGUAGCCUAGUGGUUAGAGUGGAGGGGCGGCAGCGUAGCCUAGUGGUUAGAGUGGAGGGGCGGCAGGGUAGCCUAGUGGUUAGAGGGGAGGGGCGGCAGCGUAGCCUAGUGGUUAGAGCGUUGGGCCAGUAACCGAAAGGUUGCAGGAUCGAGUCCCCGAGCUGACAAGGUCUGCCCCUUCUGCCCCUGAACAAGGCAGUUUAACCCACUGUUCCUAGGCCGUCAUUGAAAAUAAGGAUUUGUUCGAAAUUAUAAGAAUUUGUUCUUAAAUGACUUGCCUAGUUAAAUAAAAGGUGAAGUAAAAAAAUAUUUUACUGAGUUACCGUUCACAUGAGGAAAUCAGUCAAUUGAAAUAAAUAAAUGAGACCCUAAUCUAUGGAUUUCACAUGACCCAUCUGUUGAUCACAAAUACCUCUAAAAACAAAUAUCUUGUCACGGUAGAUCUGUAAAUUCAAAGUGCCAUCAAUAGAAAUGCAACUGUAUUCAUUCAUCUUUGCUUAUGCCCUACCCCCAGCACCACGGGGCAGUCUGUUCACAACGUUGACGUCAACAGACUGCUCGCCCACGCCACGCCACGCCAUACACGUGGUCUGCGGUUGUGAGGCCAGUCGGAUGUACUGCCAAAGUCUCUCAAAUAACGUUGGAGGCAGCUUAUGGUAAAGAAAUUAACAUUACAUUUCUCUGGCUACAGCUCUGGUGGACAUUCCUGCAGUCAGUAUGCCAAUUGCACGCUCCCUCAAAACUUGAGACAUCUGUGGCAUUGUGUUGUUUAAACAAAACUGCAUAUUUUAGAGUGGCCUUUUAUUGUCCCCCAGCACAAGGUGCACCUGUGUAAUGAUCAUGCUGUUUAAUCAGCUUCUUGAUAUGCCACACCUGUCAGGUGGAUGGAUUAUCUUGGCAAAAGGACAAAUGCUCACUAACAGGGGUGUAAACACAUUUCUGUGUGAGAUAGUGGAACAGACAGAGGCCUAUGAUGACUUCCUGUUUCCU